AGUUCAGCUUUUUAAAACGCGGCGGUGCGUUCCGUUUGGUUUCGUUGCGUCGCGUCGCGUGUGUAUCGUACGCGUCCUCCGCUGCGGUGACGUCACCCUCUAAACACCGCGCGCAGGUAGCUCGCGUGUAAACAAUAACAGAUGCAGGCGAGGGGAGCCCAGGACCAAACAAAUGCUACAUCUCACUGGUUUGUCGCAGCACAUUUUACAGGAAUGGCAUGUCUUAUGGCAGCCUUUUCAGUCAACAGUACUACAGAGACCAACUCCAUCAUAAUGAAUACAAAUGGACCUCCCGAUCUCAUGCUAGACCCCAGAACCGUGUGCGUGUCCAUUGAUGAACUGAUGUCCGGUCACGUCGGCAGUCAGCAGACGCCGCUGUUACACAGAUACCUGAAGAAAGUAGAGGACACUCUGACCGAGGCCCAGCGCUUUUCCUAUCUCCCCCGCAGACCCGCAGUCAACAUCGAAUUCAAAGACCUCUCGUACUCAGUUCCUGAAGGACCCUGGUGGAGAAAAAAAGGUUACAAGACCCUUCUGAAAGGGAUCUCUGGGAACUUCACCAGCGGUGCUUUGGUGGCCAUCAUGGGACCCUCAGGGGCCGGGAAGUCUACCUUAAUGAACAUUCUAGCAGGUUAUAGGGAAACAGGCAUGAAGGGGGAGAUCAUGAUAAAUGGGCAGCCCAGAGAUCUGCGAUCUUUCAGGAAAGUGUCCUGCUACAUCAUGCAGGACGACAUGUUACUGCCACACCUCACCGUACAGGAAGCCAUGAUGGUAUCAGCUAAUCUCAAACUCCAGGAAAAGGAUGAAGGCAGACGUGAAAUGGUUCGUGAAAUCCUGACCGCUCUCGGUUUGUUAGAAUGUGCCAAAACACGCACAUCCAACCUGUCUGGGGGUCAGAGGAAGCGUUUGGCCAUCGCUCUGGAGCUUGUCAACAACCCACCCGUCAUGUUCUUUGAUGAGCCCACAAGUGGGCUGGACAGUUCAUCCUGCUUCCAGGUUGUGUCUCUGAUGAAGGCUCUUGCUCAGGGUGGUCGAACUGUCAUAUGCACGAUUCACCAGCCCAGUGCUAAAGUGUUUGAACUCUUCAAUAAGCUGUAUGUCCUCAGUCAAGGCCAGUGUAUUUACAGAGGAAGAGUAUCGAGCUUAAUCCCAUAUCUCAGAGAACUGGGACUCAACUGUCCCACCUAUCACAACCCCGCAGACUUCAUAAUGGAGGUGGCCUCUGGUGAAUACGGUGACCAGACGGCUCGGCUGGUGAAGGCCGUUCAGGAGUGCAAGUGUGAGAAAGACUACAAAAGUGAAAUGAAUGGUAAUGGGGUCCAUAAUCCCUUCCUGUGGCACAGACCUUCUGAUGAGGACUCUUCAUCUUCAGAGGGUUGCCAUAGUUUUUCUGCCAGCUGCCUGACGCAGUUUUGCAUCCUUUUCAAGAGAACUUUUCUCAGCAUCAUGAGAGAUUCGGUGUUGACACAUUUGCGCAUCAUGUCUCAUCUUGGGAUUGGAAUUCUAAUUGGUCUUUUAUACCUGGGCAUCGGCAACGAGGCCAAGAAGGUCCUUAGCAAUUCCGGGUUCCUGUUCUUCUCAAUGUUGUUCCUCAUGUUCGCAGCUUUGAUGCCCACCGUCCUCACCUUUCCUCUUGAGAUGGGCGUCUUUCUGAGAGAACAUCUAAAUUACUGGUACAGCCUAAAGGCAUACUACUUGGCCAAAACAAUGGCGGACGUCCCGUCUCAGAUUGUGUUCCCAGUGGCCUACUGCAGUAUAGUGUACUGGAUGACAUCUCAACCUUCAGAUGCAGUUCGUUUCAUACUUUUCCUGGCUUUAGGGACACUCACGUCACUGGUUGCACAGUCACUGGGACUGUUGAUAGGAGCAGCAUCCACGUCAUUACAAGUAGCAACAUUUGUCGGUCCUGUGACAGCCAUCCCUGUGCUGCUGUUUUCAGGUUUCUUUGUCAGUUUUGACACCAUUCCAAAAUACCUCCAAUGGAUAUCAUACAUUUCCUAUGUCAGAUAUGGUUUUGAAGGAGUCAUUCUGUCCAUCUACGGGCUUGACCGUGAAGACCUGCACUGCGACAAAGAUGAGACAUGCCACUUCCAGAAGUCAGAAGCCAUUUUGAAGGAGCUGGAUGUUGAAGAUGCAAAGCUCUACCUGGACUUCAUUGUAUUAGGCAUCUUCUUUGUGUCGCUCCGUCUGAUCGCCUACUUCGUCCUGCGAUACAAGAUCAGUGCUGAGAGGUAGACUUGUGGAAGACCUGAUGGACUGUCGAGACUUUCCUGCCCAGGGAGGGCUAGGCUGAGAAAGCCAAAGCAAGAGAGGGUUUGUUCCCUCCAAACUGACCAUCGCCAUGUUUUCCCACACUGGACAGAAACCUGGGCUCAACUUCAAGUCACAGUAUGUAGAUGCCCAGCUUUUGCAUGCUUUUAUAAGAAAACAAAGAGCUUAGAACGCAACAGUUUUGCGGCUCAACCAAACGUCUGUACGGCUAGAGAGAGAAACAUGGAGAAAACUUCACGGGAGAAGUUCUGAUUUUGAAUGAAAAAGUAAUAUGCUGUUUUGCGUGAUCAUAUUGGAGAGCUGGAAUCUGGCCCUUUGUGAAAAAGAAGUGUUUAAUUCUAUUAAAUGUGC